AUGUCAAAGAACUUGCAGCAGCAUUGCAAAAGGAAUGGAAUAACUUUAAUUCCCCCAAACGACCUGGGAAGUCUUAUUAAGAGUAUGUCACGCCGAAUCCGGGCUUGUGUGGCCAUUCAAGAUACAGUUUUACCACUACUGACUCUGUUUCAUAAUGGUGUUGAAAAUGAAGAGUUUAGUGGUGAGGAGCAUGAAACAUUAAGUAGUAAAAGAAGCCAGGAUUUGUUUGAUCUCAGUCUUAGGUUAAGAGAGCAUCAGUAUCCAAUGUUAGCAGAGCGAUUGUACAGAGACAUAGAAAAUAUGGAGCUGUAUGAUGUUUUUAUGAAUAAUAUUUUGAAACAUACUAGGGUGUGUCAGGCUUUUAUUGAGGUGUUAGAGACCAAGUCUUACACAGAGUUAAAGUCUUUAUUUCUGUCAGUGCAGAAGGAUGUAUCUAAGGUUGUGAGUAAAGGAGAGUGUGUGAUGGAGAAGAUUGAGAGGAGGGAUGAGAGGAGCAGGGAGUGGUACAGACAGAAGGUGCUGGUGAAUGAGAAGGCAUGUAAGGGUGGACAUAUGAGUGUAGUGAAGGAGUUACUAAAAGCCAGAGCUGAUAUCAAUCAACAAGGUGAGUAUGAUACACCACUGACAGCAGCAUGUGAGGGUGAACAUAUGAGUGUAGUGAAUAAAUUAAUAGAAGCCGGAGCUGAUAUCAAUCAACGAGAAGCUGGAGCUGAUAUCAAUCAACAAGAUGGGUUUAUAACACUACUGACAGCAGCUUGUAGAGGUGGACAUAUGAGUGUAGUAAAGGAGCUUAUAGAGGCCGGAGCUGAUAUCAAUCAAAAAGGUAAGUAUGACACACCACUGACAGCAGCUUGUAGAGGUGGACAUAUGUGUGUAGUAAAGGAACUCAUAGAAGCCGGAGCUGAUAUCAAUCGAAAAAGUGAGUUUGGCACACCAUUGACAGUAGCAUGUGAGGGUGGACAUAUGUCUGUAGUGAAGGAACUCAUAGAAGCCGGAGCUGAUAUCAAUCGAAAAAGUGAGUUUGGCACACCAUUGACAGUAGCAUCAUGUUAUAAGGGACAUAUGAGUGUAGUGAAGGAGCUUAUAGAAGCCGGAGCUGAUAGCAAUCAAAAAGAAGCAGGAGCUGAUAUCAAUCAACAAAGUAAGUUUGAUACACCACUGACAGCAGCAUAUAAGGGUGGAUAUAUGAGUGUAGUGAAGAAGCUUAUAGAAGCUGGAGCUGAUAUCAAUCAACAAGGUGGAGAUGAUACACCAUUGACAGUAGCAUGUAAGGGUGGACAUAUGUCUGCAGUGAAGGAACUCAUAGAAGCCGGAGCUGAUAUCAAUCGUAAAAGUGAGUUUGGCACACCAUUGACAGUAGCAUCAUGUGAGCGUGGAUAUAUGAGUGUAGUGAAGGAGCUAAUAGAAGCCGGAGCUAAUAUCAAUCAACAAG